CCGUACGAGUUCCCAUGCGACAACAGAAGGUCAGACAUGGCAGCCUGUGCGAAAGGGCUCGACAAGUUUAUGUUUUCACUGAGGUUAUUACGAAACCUGCGGCUCCAAAAUGAACGCUCCAUAUCGACGUCACUGUGUCGUUUUGAGGGGCCACCAAAGUUCGCUCCUCCACCUAAACCUGUCAUCAUAGAUAAAACACAGACUGUGGCAUCUCUGCGAAAGUUUCUGAGCCCAGAGUUCACCCCUCCCAGACAGAGGACAGAUCCUUUUAAAUUUACCAUUGAGAGGAAGGAUAUGAUUCGCAGGAGGAAUGUCCUCAACAUCCCAGAAUUCUACGUAGGGAGCAUCCUGGCAGUGACCAUGGCCGACCCUAAUGCCAGCGGGAAAAUUAAUCGCUUUGUUGGCAUCUGUAUCCAAAGAGGUGGAAAGGGGCUGGGAGCCACAAUGGUCCUGAGGAACAUCAUUGAUAACCAAGGUGUGGAAAUCUGCUACGAGUUGUACAGCCCCCGUAUCCAGCAGAUUGACGUGCUGAAGCUUGAGAAGAGGCUGGACGACAACCUCAUGUAUCUGAGAGACGCUUAUUCCGACUACAGCACCGUGGACCCGGACAUGAAGCCUGUGCCCUUCUCCCCCACUGGAGAGGUGCCUGUCAACAAGAUCAAGGUACGGAUGCGCCCAAAGCCGUGGUCCAAACGCUGGGAACGACCCAAGUUCAACAUCCAGGGCAUUCGCUUCGACCUGGCCCUGACCCCAGAGAAGAUGGAGCACGCCCAGAAGUGGGCUCAGCCCUGGUUGGAGUACGACAUGCUGAAGGAGUACGACACGUCCCAACUGGAGGAGCAGAUCCUCAGUGAGGUCCAGCGGGAGAUGGGCAAGUGAGAAAGAUGCUCCUCAAAUGGAUCGAUGUAACAUGAGCUUUGCAUGGAUGUGGAACACUCUGCUGGAUUAAGUUGAACCAGAUGGAUUACUACAGAAACACCAGUGUGUAUACAGAGGAGCCAAUAUGGAAACUGGUGUCUGAGGAGACAUGCCUUCUUCUUUUUGUCUUGUCAGUCUGCUGUACAGUAUAUGCUUUUUCAAUAUCACUGUCCUGAGUUGUGACAUCCAUUAAGGGGUUUCUAUAAUAAAACCAUUAAACCCU